UUCCUUGAUUUCAAAUCAUGGCUCGCUCAACCUCUUGUUCCAAUGCCUUGUUUCAAUCCCUUAUGCUGUCUCUAACUCUGAUUCAUACUUAAGCUCUCUUUUUUCUCUCCUAUCCAUCGCCCCCUCGCCAUUUUCAACUCCCUCUUCCUUCUUAUUACUACCCAAUUCCACGCCCUCAAUUUCAUUUUUUCCCAAAUCUUCUUCAGAAUGCCCGACAAGUACUACUUAAAUUCUGGUGACAGAAAGGUUCUUACCACUAAUAUCGAAGACUGUGUUGAUGCAAUUGGUUAUGGUCAAGAAAAAGUCAUCACAACUUCCGUCGGGAAAACCUAUUAUCAAGCCUUAUAUAAUACUGCCAUCAGUGAAAACGAUGAUCCCAACGUUUCAAGCAAAAUCUUUCGCUUGAGCAAUUGCAUCUUGACUAGAUUGUCAGAUCAGGCAGAAACAUAUAUUAGAUUGGGUAUAAGAAAAUCAGAUUGGGCUAUUUUAACUGGCACUGCUGAUCGUUAUAACUUAUCCUCCUUGGACUCUUUAGACCCUUCCUCAAGUUACCAAUUUGUAUCCGUUUGCUACCAUCCUCCCUAUAAGAGAGCCACAACUUUUGUCAACAAAUCAACAAAUUCAAAUAUUUCUUUAAAUAUCGAUAACAUCUUGAAUAAUUUCUCCGUUGUUGCUGAUGUCUCCGUUAUCUUUAGAGCCUAUUUGGAAAAAAAGACUUCCACAGCUCUUGUCACCGAUCCUCCAAAAAAAAUAGACCCAAUUGAUUCAAAAAAUGAUGAAAAAUUCAUCGACUUUUAUGAUGAUCUUACAAUCUCAGAUAAAUCGGAAAAAAUUCCCUUUUAUAUUGGCGGCGAGCUAAUUAAUAUCAACAGGUUAAUUGAAUUGGCAGAAUUCGAUUGCUUUGAAAGAGAAUGCAUAGUUGAGGAGGCCUUUUUAAACCAAUGGAUUUCUCUAUCUUCAAAUUAAUUUCAUUACUUCAUCUUCAAAUUAAUUUCAUUACUUCAUCUUCAAAUUAAUUUUAAUUUUCAAACCUUCUUUUUUUUUGUUCUUUCACAUUUCUUUUUCUAAU